AUGAAGAGUCCAUUAAUCCUUUCUACUUUCAUAUUCAUUCUUGUUUUCAUCAUCUCUUCGUGCUCGUUAACAGCCGUUACUGAUAACGAUCGCGAAGAUUUUCUCGAAUGUCUCACCGAACGAUACAACAACUCGAUUUCCAAUGUAACUUAUGCCCCAAACAACUCAUCCUACGCAUCCAUUCUCCAAUUUUCCAUCCACAACCUUAGAUUCACUUCACAGUUGACCCCGAGACCCCAAGUGAUCAUAACACCCGAGCACGAUUCCCAAGUCCCACCUAUCAUCCAUUGCGCAAAAGAAAACGACAUGGAGAUCAGAAUUCGAAGCGGGGGCCACGAUUACGAAGGUUUAUCCUACGUAUCCCAAGUCCCAUUCGUAAUCCUCGACUUAAUCAACCUUAUCGAGAUAUCAGUCGAUCCCGAGUCAAAGACUGCAUGGGUCGGGUCGGGCGCGACUCUCGGCUCCUUAUACUACCGAAUCGCAGAACGAAGCCCGGUUCUCGGGUUUCCCGCCGGAAUUUGCCCAACAGUCGGCGUCGGCGGGCAUAUCAGUGGAGGCGGAUAUGGAACGUUGCUCCGUAAAUACGGCCUCGCGGCCGACAACGUGAUCGACGCGAGAAUAGUCGAUGCAGACGGCAGAAUUCUCGACCGGCGGUCAAUGGGCGAGGAUCUUUUCUGGGCCAUCCGAGGGGGAGGAGGAUCGAGUUUCGGUGUGAUACUUGCGUGGCAAGUAAAACUCGUUGAAGUACCCGAACGAGUCACCGUCUUCUCGGUCACCCGUACUCUGGAACAGAACGCGACUCGACUCGUGCACCGCUGGCAAAGCAUCGCCCACACGAUCGACCCGGAUUUAUUCGUCAUGAUACUAAUCACAAGGGGAAACUCGGCUCGAAACGGAAGAAACAACUUCACUAUCCGUGUCACGUUCAACUCGACUUUCCUCGGUGGGGCCGACAGAUUGAUCCCGAUUAUGGAGCAAAAUUUCCCUGAGCUAGGGUUGGCGAGAGAAGACUGCGCCGAGAUGAGCUGGAUCGAGUCUAUCCUCUACUUCGCAGGCUUUCCAAUAGAAUCCCGCGAGGUUUUGCUAAACCGGACGCAACCCGAUUUGAGGCAUCUCAAGGUAAAAUCGGAUUACGUGCGGAGGCCAAUUCCCGAGCACGCGCUCGAGGGCUUGUGGAGAUUAUUCUACGAGCCCGAAGGCGAGGAGGCCACGAUUGUCCUAAUCCCGUACGGCGGCAUGAUGGAUAACAUUUCCAAGUCGGCAAUCCCGUUUCCUCACAGGGUCGGGAAUAUGUACGCAAUGCAGGAUUACGUGUUUUGGCGAGAAGAAAAUGCUCGGAAUUCGGACAUGUACUUAAGAUGGAUUAGGCGGCUCUAUAGCUACAUGGCUCCUUACAUGUCGAGUUCGCCUCGGGCCGCGUAUGUUAACUAUAGAGAUCUCGAUAUUGGAGUUAACGGCAACGAAGGGAGGAUCGGUUAUGAGCGGGCGAGUGUUUGGGGAAGGAAGUAUUUCGGGAAUAAUUUUGACCGGCUUGUUCGCGUGAAAACCGCGGUCGAUCGAGACAAUUUCUUCAGGAAUGAACAGAGUAUUCCAUCGCUACAUGAAGAGAUAGAUGACUGA